CCUCGGUGCACUUAAUCGAACUCCCUCAGUGUGGCUGGGUGGGUAAAGCGAGAGAGGGCACAGGGUGGCCCUCUAAAUCAGGGUAGAUUCAUUUACACCACAUUUGCAUACCACAUCAAAUUAAUGAAAGGGGAGAUCUAAUAAUUAUUUCUCAGUAUUGAGUGUUCUGACGUGAACUCACUGGGUUGUCGGAUAAGGAAAAUGUCAGAUCCCACAGUGGCUGAUACUCGCCGGUUAAAUUCAAAGCCUCAGGACCUGACGGAUGCUUAUGGUCCCCCCAGCAAUUUUCUUGAAAUUGACGUUUAUGACCCACAAACUGUUGGAGUCGGGCGGAACCGUUUCACAACUUACGAAGUCCGUAUGCGGACAAACCUGCCGAUUUUUAAGUUAAAGGAUUCCAUUGUGCGAAGAAGAUACAGUGACUUUGAGUGGUUGAAGAAUGAGUUGGAGCGAGACAGCAAGAUUGUAGUGCCGCCCUUGCCUGGGAAGGCACUGAAGAGACAGCUACCUUUCCGUGGGGAUGAAGGCAUUUUUGAAGAGGCUUUCAUCGAAGAGCGACGUGUGGGUCUUGAGCAGUUCAUCAACAGAAUUGCAGGUCAUCCUCUCGCUCAAAACGAGCGCUGUCUUCACAUGUUUUUGCAGGACGAGAGCCUUGACCGUAACUACAUUCCCGGAAAGGUAUGAAAUCCAGUGAUCCAGAGGCGAGAUGUGCAUAGCACCGGCCAGAACCCGUCUGAUUUAUCACCUCGUCCCGAUAAAGCAUACAGAGCCCUAUCCCCGUCGCAGCCGCAACCACCUCUGACAGCUGCCUCUGUCUCUCUAAUGCCUUGUACUGUAUAUUCUUCUAGAUACCCCAGCAACACCGGUUCACGGCCCUCCGCAGCCCUAUAAUGUGUGUGUAGCCAAGCACACUAAAUGGGGUGUGUUACAGGGAAGUUAGUACAUUGUUGCAGAUUUACAAAUAAACAGAAAUUAGAUUUUCUUUUAAAAAAUCUGUAUCUGACUGAAUUUUCCCCCUAAAAAAAAGCAUUGCAUUUGACACUAGUUGAGUCCACCUCUAUGUAUCAAUUCCAGCUAUGCCUCAUAAUCUGCCCAACCUCCCAGCUACAUUUGUUUCACUUGUCUUUGUCCCUCCCUCUAUAAAUUAUUUUCUUGAAUGAUUUAAUCCACAAAUCACAAUCUCUCUCUCUAAUGAUCUUCAUCCAUAGAAGACUGGCUGUGUCUACGUGUAAAGUAUAUAUGAUAACCUAAUAGAAAAUACAUAGCUGUUUGAGAGGAAAUUGUUAUACUCUCUCUGCCCAGCAUAGCCUAAAGGAUUAUAUGUUCAUGGUUCUGUCAUUCCAGUUGAUGGGUUACCCAUUUUUUUUCACACAUCAAUAAUGAAAAAAUACCUAUUUCUGUCAUUCCUUCUGGAGACGUUUCACUUUUGUAAUAGUCUGAUUUCUUACCUUUAAGUAUUCAAUCAUAAUGUAUCUCUGUCCCUUGGUACCCACAGUAACCAAAAUUGUUUCUCCAAUUGUAUGAUUAAAAUCUCUGAUGGAUGUCAGUAAACGAUGGUACCUUCCAAAGUUAAGCAAAAUGUAGCAUCAUUGGAAAAAAGUUUUUUAAAGGGAGAUCUUCCCAUACUUUUCCUCUAACAUGACAUUCCAUGUUUCUUUGCAUUUUCCAUUGAAAUAAGAAUUUGUGGCUUUCCAACAUGCUCAUGCAGUUAGAUUUUUCUAUUAUGAUUACUUUUUAUUAUCAGAUUUUUUUUCUAACUUUGUUUGCCUUGAAUUGUUCAUUAUCAGUCUUUGCAUCGUCUUCAGUCUGUUUAUGGGAAUGUAAUGUCAGGUAAUCAAACCACUGUGAAAACAAGGGGCUGAUGAAUAAUCCACACAUUUUUAUUGAUAAAGAAGCUUUUGGCAUGAAGUUUAUUGACCUAAAGUAUUUCUUGAAUGCCUUUUUUGUCGUAUGUAUUUUGUCUUCAUUAUUAUCAUCUCCAUUUUCAGAAGAGCUGCCUUGUUUGUAUCAUAAAUAAAAUUCCCUCUACCUGUA